AUGAAUUAGAAAAUUUUCGGGGACUUAAUUUGUUUAAUUAUCUAAACAAACUUAUCACCAUCUCUCAAUAAUUAGUAUUUUACUAGUUUUCAAAUUACUUUUUAUUACCUCCAAUUAACCUACUUUUUAGUCAGUGAGAAUCAAGAAUAUGUCUAUCGUUUGAUUAAUACUUUAUCAAGAAUUAGUUUAAUCACCCCUUUAUUUAUAGACUCAUACUCUAUAAACAUACUUAUUGGAGCAACAAUUAUUUUCUUUAAUAUUGUACCUUACAUCAUCAUAAUAUACAGAAAAAUUACUAACAGAAAUCAUAACAUUUCUAAAAGUAUUUUACAAGUAAAAAUAUAUUAUAAAUAUCAAAGGUCUCAACAAAGAUUGUCAAUUAUUAUUUUCUUUAUUUUCCAUGGUUUCUAUAUUUACCUUAACUUUACUACAUUGGUUGGAAUUAUAUCUAUUCAAGUGUUUCUCCAGUAAUUCUAGCUUCAGUAGUGCUAAUAUUCACAAUAUUAAGUCUAAUCAUUUCAAAUGUCUAUUUUGUUAAUUUUGAAUUUAAUGAACAACAUUUAAGAAAGCAUUUUUCAUAUAGUGACUUAAUCGCUUAAUUGUUAAUGGUACCUAUGGCUCUAUUAUACUUAAAUAAUGAUGAAACCACUCAACUUAUCAGUAGGACUUUGCAUGGCUUAAUUUUAAUCAUCUAGAUCUAUGAUGCCUAUUUUUCACUGCCAUUAGGGUAAAAAUUAAAUUAAUCCGUAGAUUCUCUUCAUCAGGUUUUACAUUAAACCGAGCUUUGAUGACACAUUCUGUAAUUUUUACAUUCUCAUCAAUUAAAGCUUUUAAUACUGCAAGUCCUUAUAGUUUAGCCACAAUUAUGUUGAUAAUGCAACCUAUUGUCUAAUAUUUGUUUUAAAUUCUUUUUGAGAGUAAGAGAUCAAAUGUCUAUAUAUCUAGCAAUAUCACUAGAAAUUAAUAUUAUGAUUUACUAUAUAUAGAAGAUUUUUUUGAAUUAAGCUAAUUGGCUUAAAAAAAUAAAUAAAAAGAAAUUGAAUUUAUUUAAAAAUUAGCUUUGCAUAUGAAUAGAUGUAAUUCAACAAAAUGUUAAUGUAGAAAGAUAGGAGCUUAAAAUAUUUUAUAAUUUAAUCAAGUAGUUUUGAUGAUUUCAUGUUUAUUUAAAAGUACUUUUGAAAAAUACAAGCACAAUUAAUAAAAUUUAAGAGUGUUUGAAAUCUUCAGUCUUAAAUUUCUAACAUUCAUCAAUAAAUACAAGCAUAAUGCUCCAAAAAGUUAUUAAGAAUUAAAGAUUUUAUUUUAAAAAAAAAAAGAUUACUCAUUUUUUUUUGUAUAAAUGUGUCUUGUAUUACAAUAAAUAUUGUAGGCUUAAUUAAGAAAAGAUGAAGAUUACAAUAUGAAUAAGGAUACAAGAGUAUCUAAUGUGAAAUUAUAAGUAAGUAAGAGUGAACAUAGUAUAGUGUAAGAUUUAUAUUAAAUGGAAUAAGUUAAAAACAAUAUCAUGCCAUUAUUAUUCUCAAUAAGUUAAUUUAAAUAAUAAUUUUGGAAAUCAUUUAAAGAGGGCAAAUUUACAGAAUAUUCUCAGAUCGAAUAAGAAAUUAGAAAAUUAUAGUAAUUGCGAGAUGCAGUGAUACUUUAGUUGGACGUAUAUUAACCAAUUUUUUAUCAUAAUGGUAGAACCUACAAUGUUUAAUUUUUAAAGUUCAAUGCUUUGAUAAAUCUACUUUUAUUUAAUAAUUUAAGAAAGUAUUUUGAAAUGGAAAAAGGUAAAUAAUGAAAUUUAAUAUUAUUUAAUAGAACGUAAGGAAAUCUUAUCGUUUGAAAAAAAUAUGAAUACAUUUGAAAUAACAAAUAUCAAUUUUUUUAAGGGAGAAGCCAUUUCUGUAAAAGUUUGUAUAGCAUUUGGACCAAAUAUCGGAAAAGUGAUGAACAAGGUGAUUUCCCCAUUGAUUCCAAAAUUUUUUGGAUUUGGUCAUUUCUAGCAUCCACUAAAUUCAUUUUUAGAUUAUACUAAAGGAAAUAUUAAUUAAUUAAUGCCUGCUUGGUUGGAGCCAGUUCAUGAUGAAAUGAUGUAAAAUUAUAUUAGAAGAGGAGUAACAGCAAGAAUUGGUAAAUAUUUUUAGACUUUUGCUAAAUUGUAUGAUAAAACACUAAUAAAAUGUCAAGUCUAUUUAGCUCAUAAUUUUAGUUAAGAACUAGAAGAUGAUUUUACAAUGAUUGGAUGCUUAAAAUCAUUAGAAGAAGAAUAACCGAAGUUUAUUGGAGAAGAUGGUAAACGAUUGAAAAAUGUGGCAUUUAAAGGAUAUUAACAUAUAUUAUUUGAUGUAAAUGGAAAUAUUAUGGGAAUAACUAGAGGUCUAUAUAAGAUGAUUGAAAAAAUGUAGAGAUUAGUAGUUAAUAGAGGAACGUAUCAUGAAGCAGAGGAGUUUAAAUAAAGCAAUAAAAUAUCAAGGUCAGAUAAUUCUUCUUAAGAAUCUGAGAGGUAAAUUUAAUUUAUAUGAUUAGUUAUAAUGCAUUUGAUUAAAAAUGGUCAAAUGUUGUAUUAUCAAUUGAUGAUUUUUAUAGUAAAGUUUUAAUUUGGAUGAUUUUACCAUUUAUUUCUAGAGAAAUAGAAUCAACUGGAAUAGAAUUUUUGAUGAAUAGAUAAGUACCUCCAAAAAAUCGUUAUCAAAAUCUGAUUGAUUUAGAUAAUAGUAAUCUUUUAGUUUAAAAUAAAGAAACAUAUUUAUUUAUUCCUGAAGAUAUUAAUUUGUUUAUUUAAUAAUACGAAAAAAUAAUUUAAAAAAUAGUUGAUGAAGUAAGAGUUUAAUCAAAUAAUUUUUCAUCUGGAAGUGCAUAUAAAUCUUAAAAAAAUGAUUAUCAAGAAAUUGAUCAAUUUAAUGCUGUUACGAUAUUCAAUGAGAGAUUAUGUGUAUUUUUUUAUGAUGAACAUUUAAAAAGACAUUAAACACUUAAUUUAGCUUAAACAAAAUAAUCUGAAAUGACGAAACAUUAAGCCAAACCAUCCUCUCCAUUAUCAAUAUAAGAAAAAUAAUCAUCUGAUGAUAGUUAAGAAGAUAGUGAGUAAUUAAAAACAAGAGCAGAAAGAAUCUAUCAAGAUAGAUAUACAAGAUAUAUUGAAAGAUUUUCACCGCAAGAUUUUCAUCCUGUUCCAGUUAUGUAUUCAGUUAGUUAUGAAGAAUUUUGGUAUAGAAAAAAUGAAGUUGAUUAGAAAUAAUAAAUAUUUGUUGUUGAAUUAGUAGUUAAUGAAUAAUAAUUACUAAAUACAGAAAAAGGUUAUAGAAGAUAAUUGAGAGAUACAAUUAAGUAAAUUUAUUAAAGUUAUCAUUAAAAAAAGUAACUCAUAGAAUAAUAAACUGAUGAAGAAGAUUCCAUAAGUGUGUAAGCUAAUUUUAGUGAGUAAAAGAGUUUUCAAGAUUAAGAAAUUAUAAACUAUCAAUUUCCUUCUCAUCCUUCAUAUUUUAUUGAUGAUGCCUAUCAAAUAGAUAACAAAGAAGUUUUAAUUACUGAUUAAAUUUACAGUCCAAAGUAAGACGAUAAGGGUGAUCUAUUUUUAUUAAGUAAUAGAUCUAAAUAGAGUAAACCUUUAUUAGAAAUUAGUGACAAAAAUAGCAAAGACAUAAAUAGGAAAAGUUAAGUUUCAAUAUAAUCAGAACAUAGUGUCGGAGANGUAUCAUGAAGCAGAGGAGUUUAAAUAAAGCAAUAAAAUAUCAAGGUCAGAUAAUUCUUCUUAAGAAUCUGAGAGGUAAAUUUAAUUUAUAUGAUUAGUUAUAAUGCAUUUGAUUAAAAAUGGUCAAAUGUUGUAUUAUCAAUUGAUGAUUUUUAUAGUAAAGUUUUAAUUUGGAUGAUUUUACCAUUUAUUUCUAGAGAAAUAGAAUCAACUGGAAUAGAAUUUUUGAUGAAUAGAUAAGUACCUCCAAAAAAUCGUUAUCAAAAUCUGAUUGAUUUAGAUAAUAGUAAUCUUUUAGUUUAAAAUAAAGAAACAUAUUUAUUUAUUCCUGAAGAUAUUAAUUUGUUUAUUUAAUAAUACGAAAAAAUAAUUUAAAAAAUAGUUGAUGAAGUAAGAGUUUAAUCAAAUAAUUUUUCAUCUGGAAGUGCAUAUAAAUCUUAAAAAAAUGAUUAUCAAGAAAUUGAUCAAUUUAAUGCUGUUACGAUAUUCAAUGAGAGAUUAUGUGUAUUUUUUUAUGAUGAACAUUUAAAAAGACAUUAAACACUUAAUUUAGCUUAAACAAAAUAAUCUGAAAUGACGAAACAUUAAGCCAAACCAUCCUCUCCAUUAUCAAUAUAAGAAAAAUAAUCAUCUGAUGAUAGUUAAGAAGAUAGUGAGUAAUUAAAAACAAGAGCAGAAAGAAUCUAUCAAGAUAGAUAUACAAGAUAUAUUGAAAGAUUUUCACCGCAAGAUUUUCAUCCUGUUCCAGUUAUGUAUUCAGUUAGUUAUGAAGAAUUUUGGUAUAGAAAAAAUGAAGUUGAUUAGAAAUAAUAAAUAUUUGUUGUUGAAUUAGUAGUUAAUGAAUAAUAAUUACUAAAUACAGAAAAAGGUUAUAGAAGAUAAUUGAGAGAUACAAUUAAGUAAAUUUAUUAAAGUUAUCAUUAAAAAAAGUAACUCAUAGAAUAAUAAACUGAUGAAGAAGAUUCCAUAAGUGUGUAAGCUAAUUUUAGUGAGUAAAAGAGUUUUCAAGAUUAAGAAAUUAUAAACUAUCAAUUUCCUUCUCAUCCUUCAUAUUUUAUUGAUGAUGCCUAUCAAAUAGAUAACAAAGAAGUUUUAAUUACUGAUUAAAUUUACAGUCCAAAGUAAGACGAUAAGGGUGAUCUAUUUUUAUUAAGUAAUAGAUCUAAAUAGAGUAAACCUUUAUUAGAAAUUAGUGACAAAAAUAGCAAAGACAUAAAUAGGAAAAGUUAAGUUUCAAUAUAAUCAGAACAUAGUGUCGGAGAUGCUUAAUUUAAAAAUUCAAAAUUUAAUAUUACAGAAAAAGAAUUAGCUUAAAGUGUUUUUAUUAAAUUUAGUUAAAAAAAAAAAUAAUAAGAAUUUUAUAAUGAAAAUGAAUCUAAACUACCUUAAGAAAGUAAGCAUUCCUAAUAAUAAAUUUUUGAAGAAUAUUAAAUUAAAUAUACUGAAAAUCUAAAAUUGUUUGAAACUUAAUAUAAUUUAGUUUAAUAAUAACUUAACUUGAUAAACAAUCCAUAUUCAUAUAGAUUAUAAAAAUAUUUAUUUUCAGCCACAUUUAUUUUGAUAGUUUGUUACAUUAUGCUUAUUUCGACAUCAACUUAAGGAUAAUAUGAUUUCAAUAAUUGUCUUGAUUUAAUUGAAUUAAUGAUCACCAUUUAAACUUCAUUUGCAUAAAUUACACAUAGUUUAUAUAGGAUUGAAAUUUCAAAUCAAUUAUCAAUUCAAGGCAUGGGUAUUUUGAAAUAAUUUUAUAAUAAUUAAUUUUUUGGUUAACUUCAUGAUCUAAUCAACAUGUAAAAUUAAUAUUCAAUCGAAAUCAAUUAAGCAACCUAAAAUUUUGAAUAGUUUUAUGAUGUUGAAAACAAAAUUCAAAAAAAUACAUCAUUAUAAGAAGUAAUUUAAUUAAGUCUUGGAUAAUAUUAUAAACUCAAGCAUAAUAAUAGCAAUGAUUCAUUUAUAGUCGAUUUCUCUCUUACAUUUGCAUCAGUUGCUAAUCUCAAAGAAGUUGGAAAACUUCCUUAAAAAGCAUACGAUUCAUGCUAUUAAGAAAAUCUUAAUGAUCAAAAACAUAUUCAAACUAUUUUAAUAAUAUAUAUGGUUGUUACAUUCUUUUUGGUAACUGUUCUAUAGUUUACAUAAAUUCCUCUUAUUGGAAAGUUAAGGAGAAAUCAUAGAACUCUUUAUAAAGAAAUUAUUAAACUAGAACCUCAUGAAGUCAACGAUGAAAUUGAAAUUUACAAUGCUGUAGUCAAUAUAUUAAAAAAAUCAAUUUAUGAAUGGAUGUUAAUUGAUUUUGUAUAGGAAACAUAAAUGUUUGAAAUAAAUUAGCAUCGGAGGUCUGUCACUCAUAAUUUAGGAAUAUAAAAGGUAAAUAAUUCUGAUACCGGAAUGGUUUCUAAUUCAAAUAAAAAAAGUAAAAAUAAAUUAAUGGAAAAAUUGAAAAAAUCAAAAAUGAAUCAAAAUAAAUAUAUCGCAAUAUUAAUGGUUGGAUUACUUGUAAUUCUAGCAUAUUUCCUUAUUGUCUUUCUUAUUAUUUUUAUUCUAUCAUAAGACAUUAUUUUCAAUAUUGAUGCUAUAUUUUAAUCCAAAUUAGCCCAGUCCUCAAUUAUCAACUUAAUUAAUAAUGUUGAUUUAAUAGCUCAUUCAACCUUAUAAAGCAAUACUUACUAAAAUAUCAUGAAUAUCUCUUAAUUUUAAAUGUACUCUGCAGUUCUUAGUGAUAAUACAACUGAUAUUUUUUUUGAAAAAUAUAAAAACUAAUUGCUUUCAACUUUUGUUGAUUAAUCAUUAUAAAAUAACUUUAAUUUUUUAAAUGAAGAAAACAUUUGCAAAUAGGAAAUAGGAAUUGAUUGUUCAUUAACUGAUGCUAUCUAAUUAAAUCCUGAAAUGAUUCCUCACUAUGAAUAAGGAAUGAAAUCUCUUUUAACCUAAAUAAGUACAAUAAUAGCUCAGUAUCCCUAAUUUUUCGAUACUCAUGCUGUUGCUAAUAAUAAAUAAACCUUAAUUGAUUUUUACAAUAAUUAGUAACAUAUUCUUUAUAUUGAUUAUGGAAGUGAAAUAUUGAUUAAAGCUUAUUAAAAACUUAUAAGCAUUCAAAAAGACUUAUUUAAUUAACUUUUAGAUUUAUACAAAAGAUUGUUACUCAUAUUCACAUUAAGUGUUGGCUUAUUUGGACUGAUAAUUAUUUUUUUAUUAGGCAAAUAUUUGCUUAAGAUGCAAAAAGAUUCGAUUGACACAUGCUUAACUGCUUUAUUACUUGUUUCUCCUAAAAGAUAUCUUAGUAAAUAAUUAGGAUUGAUCAUUUAAAAAAAAUUAUGA